AUGGGUUCACAGACAAGAAACUCCAUAAGUACGGUGGCGAGGAGGAGAAGAAGGCCCUCUAAAGUUCAUAGAAGCUCGAGGCCGGGCAACAUUGAUAGAACAACCGCCGGUGGUUUAUCGGUUCCCGACAAGUUGGAGGCCUUAAAGAACCUUAUUCCAUCCGAAAAUGGGGAGAUGAAGCCCGACCAGUUGUUUCAAAAAACGGCCGACUACAUUGUACUUCUCAAUACCCAAGUUCUUGUUUUGCAGAAAUUGAUUGAUUUUUAUGGGUCUCAACCUCAAGAAAACCAAAAUGAAAAUGUUGUAUAG